AUGGCUGAGCCUUCACACACUACCAAGUCUAAUAGAACUAAAACCAAGCAUCCUUUAUACCGUGGGAUACGUUUAAGAAAUGGGAAAUGGGUGUCUGAAAUUAGAGAGCCACGUAAGACUACAAGAAUAUGGCUAGGAACUUACCCUACUCCAGAAAUGGCUGCUGUUGCUUAUGAUGUUGCCGUCUUAGCAAUAAAGGGAAGUGAAAAUGUUAAGCUAAACUUUCCGCACCCUGUCACUUGGUAUCCAAAACGUCCUUCUUCCUGGUCUCCGGAGGAUAUACGACGCGCUGUGGCCACCGCCGUCGCGGAAAUAGCUCCGCAGGGCAACAAUAUUCGGUCAAGAGCUACGACAUGUAACGAAGGAGGCUCGAUUGAAUCCUCAUCGUCCGGAAAUUACGCUAUGCAAAUAGUAUCAGGAAGUACGCAAAUGGUUACGACCGAGGGGGAAUAUGUUGAUGAGGAGGCAUUGUUUGAUUUUCCCAAUUUGCUUGUGAAUAUGGCGGAAGCAAUGAUGGUGAGUCCCCCAAGAAUAAACUCCUCAUCCAAUGAAGAUUCACCAGGAGACUCUGAUGCUGAAAGUCUCUGGAGCUAUUAACAAGCAGAGACGAAUCUGGGAUCUAGAGUUAAUAAGUUAAAGAGAAUGUGUGAUUUUAUUAUAUGCACGCAUAAGUAAUAAUUAUCCUUUUCAUAUGUAUGCAUAAUUUGAGUUGAAAGUACACUACUGAGUUCGAUUGAAUUCAUUGAGUUUGCUUUAAAUCUGUCUUUAUUAACAAUAAAAAGUUAAGGAAAAAAAUGUGAUUUG